AUGAGAAGUUCCAACCUUGUUGAGCCAAACCUUGUGGGGAAAGAGAUCAUACAUGCUAGCAGGAAGUUGGUGAACUUUGUUGUUGCUCACAAGGACAAUAAACCUUACAAGCUUGCUAUUGUUGGAACUGGAGGAGUUGGUAAGACAACACUAGCUCAGAAAAUAUACAAUGACCAACAGAUAAAGGGAAGCUUCAAAAUUCAUGCAUGGAUUUGUGUUUCGCAAGACUACAAUGAAGUUACUCUUCUAAAAGAGGUUCUCGUGAAUAUUGGUGUGCAUGAUGAGCAAGGUGAAACCAAAGGAGAGCUACCGAAAAAGCUUGCAGAAACAAUCGAAGGCAAGAGUUUCUUUCUCGUUCUAGAUGAUGUGUGGAAGUCUAUUGUUUGGACAGAUUUACUAAGAACUCCAUUACAUGGGACAUCUGCGGGAGUACUAUUGGUAACCACAAGAGAUGAUCAAAUUACAAAGAGAAUAGGUGUACACCAUACUCAUCGAGUUGAUCCCAUGUCAGUAGACGUGGGAUGGGAGCUACUUUGGAAGAGCAUGAACGUUAAUGAAGAGAAAGAUGUGCAGAAUUUAAGAAACUUAGGGAUUGAGAUUGUGCAUAAAUGUGGCCACCUGCCUCUUGCAAUCAAGGUUACAUCUAGUGCUUUGGUAAACAGAGAUCUAACGGAGAAUGAGUGGAAACGGUUUUUUGGCAAAUAUGCUGGCUCCCGGUGCAUGUUCUCUAAUGAAAUAGAAGGAGCUUUAUAUCUAAGUUAUGAUGAGUUACCACAUAGUCUGAAGCAGUGUUUCCUUUAUUGUGCUUUGUACAUUGAACAUUCUGUCAUUCGCCGUGGUGAAGUUACCCGGUUAUGGUUAGCUGAAGGAUUCGUCGAGGAGCAACAAGGCUAA